AUGGGGGUCUCUGUCUACUUUUUGCUUUCACUGGCAGCUACUGCCUCUUUGGCUGAUGCUCGAGACAUCGGAUUAUUGCGCGUCCUGGGCAUCCGGCAAGCAGAAACGACGAUUGGCAGCAUUGCUACCAAUUCAAUCUCUACCGCUGCAUCCACGGAACUCUUGAACUCCACGACAUCUGUUACUGCGAGCGCCAGCACUGCUGCUGCGGCAACUUCCACGACAUCGACGCUAGGAGGUAUCACCACAUCUGUUGCUACGAGCACCAGCACUGCUACUACGAGCACCAACACUGAAACUGAGACACCUUUGACAUGUCCUGCAAGCAAUGGCACAUCAUACACCGCUCCCUCAGGUCAAGAUUUCAUCAUCGAGUGUGGGAUUGACCACAGUGGAGGUGACAUUGGUAAAGAUGAAGGUGGAUUCAAGUACGUGCGAAGCCUCAGAGAGUGUAUAGAUGCAUGUGAUUCUUAUAAUGGAACACAACCUUGCGUCGAUGUUUCUCUGAGUGGCUCUGCAUGCUACUUAAAGUCUGUCCUGGGGAAAGCCGUACCCUUUGAUGGCCUGUUGGGGGCCAAACUGGCCAACGCAACGACUCCAGCACCACCGAUCAGCUGUCCCGACUCAAAUGGCACCAACUAUACAACAGCUACCAAUCAAACAUUCGCGAUUGAGUGCGGAAAAGACUUUGCAGGUGGAGAUUUGGCGGCCCAGGAUGUUAGGUCCAACGAGAACAAUGAAAAUGGAGAGCUAUGGCUCCAGAAAUGCAUCGAGGCUUGUGCCAGCACUCAAGGCUGCGUGGGCGCAUCUCUCUCAGGCUCCGCUUGCUACAUGAAGAGUCAACUCGGAGAAGCGAAGGACAACAAAUAUGUUACCGGGAUCCGUCGGCUUUCCACACAACCGGAUGGUGUAGAUCAACCAGCUUGCGACAUGGACUUCCCAGAGUGUUCGGCUUGCGACGGUGUCAUCCUUGAAACGAAAGAUUUCAAUCCGGUACAGAAGUAUAAGAUCGAGUGCGGUGUCGAUCAUCCCGGCGGCGACUUACCGGGCAGGCGCGGUGCUCGUGGCGGCUACACUGGCAAGGACCGUUUCAGAAACUGCAUUGAGGAUUGUGCGGAGAAGGAGGAUUGUGUUGGGGUCAGCUUUAUGGGCGAUACGUGCUAUUUCAAAUCCAGUUUGGGAGAUGGUCGGAAGAGUGAAGUUGUUUGGGGCGCUGUCGAGGUGGUGGGAUAG